UUUUUUAGUUUUGGAGAAUCUGCUAGACUAGAGAGAAAGAAAGCUAACAAAAUCGUGGGGUGCAAUAAGUCAUUGAAAAUGCACCUCAACUUCCCUUCAAUUGACAUACAAAAUGGCAACCAAUUAAGACUUGCUUCCCCAUCUACUCAAGCAAGCAAGCCUCUUAGCAUUCCAUUUGCUAAAGAGGUCACUUGCUUAAUCUUGGACUCUUUGUAAUAUUUUGAUCAUUAUCUUCUCCAUUCCAUCUGCCAAAAGAGAAAUGCCUUUGUAUGUUUUUUAGUACGUAGAGUGUUUGUAUUCUAUCGCAAAAAUGGUGAUGUAUGAUUCCAUACUUGCCAGAAGUUUCAGUCGGCAUGAGCAGAAGAAAUUGAGAUAUGGAGCAUUUGUUUGCUGCUUGCUCAUAGCAUUGUGCUUCUGCGCAGUGCUCAAGCCUAAUUUGAAUCCUCUACCAGCUUUGAAAUUGCAGCGGUCAAUGGGGGUCAAACACCAGAUACUGGCACUCUGGGAAACAAACAGCACUCAGCAAGUAAUUAAAAACAUGCUCGAAUAUCCGGAGAUAAACACAAACACGACGGAGGAGUUUGAAAAUAUGACUUCUCAAGUAGCGGCAGAUUCUGAUGAUCUGCAGCAAAACGCAAGCACUCUCACUAAUCCCAUUGCAAGCAGCAGUCAGGCUGAAGAGGCAAAGAUUGAAGAAGUGGUGACAAAGAAUUUAGAGCCACUUUGCAAUACCAUGGAAGCAAAAACGGAAUUUUGCGAGCUCAACAUGGAUGUUCAUGUCGAUGCGAAAUCUUCUUCAGCGUUUGUUGUUUCAUCUCAAAUUGGGAAUAGGUCCUGGAGUAUAAGACCUUAUGCUCGAAAAGAAGACAAAACGGCUAUGAGCCGUACUCGAGCAUGGUCAGUGAAACCAGUCAUUGGUGAUCUGGAAAUCCCUCAAUGUAACCGAAAUCAUAGAGUUCCUGCCAUCUUGUUUUCAAAUGGUGGAUAUACAGGAAACCAUUUCCAUGAGUUCACUGAUGUGGUGAUCCCUCUCUUUAUCACUUCUAGAAAAUAUGAUGGAGAAGUUCAAUUUCUUAUAUCGGAUAUAAAACCUUUUUGGGUAACAAAGUACCAAGCAGUACUAAAAGGACUGUCCAAGUAUGACAUUAUCGACAUCGACAAAGAAGAUGUUGUGCAUUGCUUCCCAAGCCUAACGGUUGGCCUUAAAAGACAUGAAAAGGAGCUGAGCAUUGACCCUUCAAAACAUUCAUAUUCUAUGAAAGACUUCAGAGAGUUUCUAAGAAACAGUUUCUCAUUGAAGAAAGCCAAUGCAAUCAGAAUCAAAGAUGGUCAUCAACGAAAAAGGCCCCGGCUUCUGAUCAUACCAAGAAAGAGAACAAGGUCUUUCACAAAUACAGGGGAAAUUUCUAAAAUGGCUAGACGCUUGGGAUUCAAGGUGAUUGUUGCAGAGGCUGACAUUAACUUGUCAAAAUUUGCAGAAGUCGUAAACUCUUGUGAUGUGUUAAUGGGAGUUCAUGGAGCUGGGCUUACAAACAUUCUUUUCCUUCCUGAGAAUGCAGUUUUCAUUCAAAUACUUCCCAUUGGAGGGUUCGAAUGGCUGGCUACGAACGACUUUGGCGAGCCUUCACAGGAUAUGAAUCUCAAGUAUUUGGAAUAUAAGAUAAGCAAUGAGGAGAGCACGUUGAUACAGCAAUACCCACUGGAUCAUGCAGUUUUCACUGACCCUUACUCAAUUGGAAAACAGGGGUGGGAAGCAUUCAAGUCAAUAUUUUUGGAGAAACAAAAUGUAAAGCUUAAUGUCAAUAGGUUCAGACCUACAUUGUUGAAAGCCCUUGAGCUUCUGCAUCAGAAUUAGGCCAUUGUUUGAUUUCUAAAUGUUAUUUCCUUGUUCUGUUUUCAUUUUUAUAUUGUCUCCGUCUUCUGGGGCCAAGUAUUCAAUAAAUUGUAUAUAACUUGAGGGGGAUGCAUUCAGAAAUGGAGUUUAAAUUAAUUGGUUGUUAUUAUUGAUCUUUCCAAAACUCCAAUGGGUCACAAGUCAUAUGAAAAGGUAUCGCCAGACAGAAAGCCAAACCCAAGGAGAUGGAAUAAAAUACAGACCAGACUAGGGGUACCCACAGCUUAAUUUGACUCAAUUGCUGAGGCCCAGAUAGAAGACAGAAAAGAGAAGGUUGUGGCCGGAUACUUUGACAUAACAGUACGCAAGGAAUGGGCUUCAUACAUAAGAAUACAAAUAUGACCCGACCCGAAUAAAUCACAACAUAGCUAUUAUUAUCAUUAGAACAACAUUAUCCAUCUUGAUAUGAUAUUUUGAUCAGAGAGACUUCUCUGCGCUAUCUCGAUCUAGAGACUACGUCGGAUCAUCUAUAUCGGAGAUUAUGAGAUUUCGCUGCAAAAUUGACGACAUGGGAGGCCGAGAUGGACCAAAGCUUCGAAGAUUGGGGUUUAUGGCGAGGCGAGCAUACGAACCGUCGUCGUCGCCCUUGGUGUUCGCAUCACGAGGAUCUGCGAGAAAUUUGCAUGAAAUUUUCGAAAGCGUAGCAUCGAAGAAAUUUGUGCAUGCGAACCGUCGUCGUCGGCCUUAGUGUUCGCAUCACGAGGAGGGAUCUGCGAGAAGUUUGCAUGAAAUCUUCGAAAGCAUAGCAUGGAAGAAGCUUGUGAGAUCGAAGAAGAUUGUGAUCGGCCUCGAUCUCCGAGACCUUGGCUGGGCCGUGUAAAGAGAAGCAUCUUCAGGUCAAUUCAUUGCAUAGCUUCCACUUCCAGCAAGAUCUUCAGAGACCUUUUGUAAAGCUUGAAAAUGCAAAAAGGCCAUUGACUACUGGGAUGGUCGCUACUGAGAAGGCUUGGGAUCUUGAGAUGAUAAUGAUGAUAAAGAAAGCAGCUUGGCUGAAUGAUAACUUUUUUUUUGUUUGGUUUUUGGUGUGUGCGCGCCAGUUUCUUUUUUCUUCUGUUAUCAAGUUUCAGGUAAUAUAAUGAAUGAGCACUUUGGUUUACCGAGAAAACAUGAUUUGAAACAUGACACUAACACGACUGAAUAACAAUAUAUUCACUAUAUUUAUAGGUUUUUGCCUGUAAUAGGCUGAA